GCCCAGCGUCGCGUUGUCCUCCUGCGGCCCAGAGCGGCGACAGCGACGGCGUCGCAGGCUCUCUCACGCCUCUCUGCGAAAUCGAAAGCGAGAGAAAGAGAAAGAGAGGGGGACAAAAAGCUCUCAUCUUGAUUUAAUUUGCUCCUCUUCCAAAAAGUUUCAAGAUUUGUACUUGACACCAGAAUUGGAUGUUACCAACAAUGGGCGGCUCUGUGGAAUUUGACACCAAUCGUUGGAUCUGGAAUGGGGCGUGCUAUCCCCAGUUGGUUGGGCUUGGCGGGAUUAUGAUCACCAUUGCCAUUCUCUGGCUCUCAACCGGCUAUUUCGGUGGAAUUGGAGUUCCAUACUUCCCGUACUUCUGGCUGGAUUUAGGCAUCUUCUGCAAGAAGAAAGAUAGGAAGAGGCCAGUGAGGGUCUACAUGGACGGGUGCUUCGACCUCAUGCACUAUGGCCAUGCGAAUGCAUUGCGGCAGGCCAAGGCUUUGGGGGAUGAAUUGGUGGUUGGAGUUGUCAGUGAUGAAGAGAUUGUGGCCAACAAGGGUCCUCCUGUUUUGUCUAUGGAAGAGAGGUUGAUCCUUGUCAGUGGGCUCAAGUGGGUGGAUGAGGUCAUUGCAAAUGCUCCUUAUGCAAUCACUGAAGAAUUCAUGAACACCCUUUUCAAUAAAUACAACAUUGACUACAUUAUACAUGGAGAUGAUCCUUGCUUACUACCUGAUGGAACUGAUGCUUAUGGACCAGCUAAGAAGGCAGGGCGUUAUAAGCAAAUCAAGCGCACGGAAGGUGUCUCAAGCACUGAUAUUGUUGGCAGAAUAUUAUCAUCAUUGAGAGGUAGAGAAGUGGAUAAGAAUCAUAAUAAGGCAUCUCAGUCUGAACCUCGUGGCUCAAUUAGAACACAGCUAUCUCAUUUUCUGCCUACAUCUCGUCGGAUCAUGCAGUUUUCCAAUGGGAAGGGACCUGAACCAGAUGCUCGUGUGGUGUAUAUAGAUGGUGCUUUUGAUCUUUUCCACGCUGGUCAUGUUGAGAUCCUAAGAUGUGCUAGACAACUUGGAGAUUUUCUACUUGUAGGUGUCCAUGGUGACCAAACCGUGAGUGAAAGGAGAGGAUGUCAUCCUGUAAUGCACCUCCAUGAACGUAGCCUCAGUGUACUUGCAUGCCGAUAUGUUGAUGAAGUCAUCAUUGGUGCUCCUUGGGAAGUUACCAGAGAUAUGAUUACUACAUUCAAUAUAUCAUUGGUUGUUCAUGGGACGGUAGCUGAGGGAAGUUGUAAUAAUGAGGUUGACCCAUAUGCUACACCGAAGAGCAUGGGAAUUUUCAAGACAAUUGCAAGCCCUAAAAAUAUCACUUCAACAUCGGUAGCUAGGAGAAUAAUUGAUAAUCAUGAAGCUUACAAGAAACGGAAUGCCAAAAAGAGCAAAAGUGAGAACAGAUAUUAUGCAGAGAAGAAAUUUGUGUCCGAAGAUUGAUCCUACAUGUUAUUUAUUUUUUGGUAUCUAAUGGCUAAGAACGAGAUUCACAUAUCAAAUGGGAGAUCAGGGAUUAACCACGCACAUUUCAUGACUUUUCGGCCAUGGAAAGUAGACGUGCAGACUUGCUCUUCCCCAUUUCAAUUUAUAUGACAGUGUCCUACUCCAUACAGGGAGAAGGAAAAACAGAGUUCAGUGCAGUCGGGAAAGCAGAUGAUACUCAUACUGCGGUGGUGUUCCCCAAUGCCUACAUUAGAGAAAAGGAGCAAGCUAAAAUUUCUCAUAUUAUUUGGUUGAUGAAAGGGUCUCUUUUUUUUUUUAUCUAGAUUUGUGUUGUAUCAGUAGGCAAAACAAGUAUAGCACCACAAUAUGGUUUGAAAUUUGAUUAAAAUGAGUCAUACGAGACCAAAUUAUGAAGCUCAGCUCUAGU